CUCCAAGACGAGGGGGAUCUGAGUCUGUGCAAGGUUUGAUGACAGCAGAAAGGCUGGCCCCACCUGCAGUCACUCUCUUUUCAAAUAAAAACUGGAUUGGCAGGACACACCCGUCCUUCUCCACACACCAUCAAAGGGCUCUGUUGUCACCUUAGAAUAUUUAUCUGAUGAUUUAUGGGCACACUGAUGAUAAUUUUCAGUUGGGAGUGCGAGAUGUUGCACCGUAUUGUUUGGUUUUUGGUGGUUUUCGUGUCAGUGGAUCUUGUGUCCUUUGCAGCAGCUGCUUCUUCACAAAUAGUCACAACACCCACAAAGAAUGUUGAGACGACUAAAAACCUGAUCAAGAAAAACUUUGAACGAUUGGAGAAACUGAGCAACAGAUCCAGUUAUGUUGCAAGGAGCUGUAAAGAGAUCAGGGACAGAUAUAAUGAACAAGAAGAUGGGUUGUACUACCUAACCACUGCUAAUGGCAUGGUCUAUCAGACUUUCUGCGACAUGACCACUGCGGGAGGCGGCUGGACGCUGGUGGCGAGCGUCCAUGAGAACAGUAUUUAUGGAAGGUGCACAGUGGGAGACCGCUGGUCGAGCCAGCAGGGAAACAAUGCUGAACUGCCAGAUGGAGACGGGAACUGGUCCAACAGAAACACCUUUGGAACAGCAGACGGGGCCACCUCAGAUGAUUUUAAGAAUCCAGGUUACUAUGAUAUAGUAGCAGAAGACAUGUCUGUGUGGCAUGUACCCAACAAUUUCCCACUGGAGCACUGGAACCUGGCAGCCAUCCUCCGCUACCACACUGACAACCGCUUUCUCAACCUGUAUGGAGGGAACCUCUUUCAGCUCUUCAAGCAAUAUCCAGUGAGAUACAAUGUUGGCUUGUGCAGCAGCAGAGGGCCAGCUAUUCCCAUUGUGUAUGACCAUGGAGACAAGGAGUCCACCAGAAUGUUAUACGGACCCAAUCCAAGAGCGGAGUUUGAACCAGGUUUCAUCACAUUCAGAGCAAUAAACAAUGAACGUGCAGCCAUGGCUAUCUGCUCCGGGGUCAAGCCAAAAAACACAGGAUGCAACACUGAACACUACUGUAUAGGAGGAGGUGGAUUUUUCCACCCUGAUCAGUGUGGGGACUUCCCAUCAUUUGACUGGGACAGACUGGGAAGGGAGCAAGGCUGGAGCGCUUCCAAAGAGAUUACUGAGGCUGCUGUUCUACUGUUCUACCGCUGAGAACAUUAUUUGCACAUGUAGCUUAAAUGUAUACUAUAUUAUAUGUCACGUCAGUCUAAUCAACAAUCUUUAUCACAGCAUGUGUCAUGUUACAGAGAACUAGCUUUAAGUUUCUGUAUGUGUCAUUCAUUGGCCAUAAAGAACAGUUCAGCUAUUACAGUAAUUCAGCCAUAAUCCAGUAGAUGGCAGUAUUGAACUGCAUAAUCAAUUUCAAAAUCAUUUUAUCGUCUAACCCAUGGAGGGCGGGGGCUUGAAAUGUAUUUGAGUUGAGAGUGUGAUAGUCUCCUGUAUGUGUGUUUGCAGAUAUUAAAGCCACUACCUUUUGCA